AUGGUCUGUGUCGGAAAGAGUAGCAAAAGGGAACAAGUUAGGCGAGCCAUUCAAGCUGUCAAUACUGGUAAAAUAGGGACUGCCUGGCAAGAGCCUAUGAUAUGGUUUUUCUGGACUCGGCUAGAGAACAUGCUGUUCUCCAAGAUUCAACUUGGCAAGGCCAAUGAUUACGACACCAUGAUGGAAGAGAUCAAAAAACUUCUUAGCUUGACAAGAGUGGAGGAGGAUGGGCUGUGUUCUGCAAGGGAUCAAGGUGGUGGUCAAUGGGCAUGGCGCACGGUUAAUCUGGAAGUUUUGAGGAGGAAGAAUGUAUUAUUGCUGAUAUCAAGCCUAGACAUCUCUCCGGAUGAGCUUUCAAUUCUUGAACAGAUUUAUAAUGAUUCUCGUCAAUAUGGAACAAGGUUAGAUAAUCUGUUUGAGAUGGUCUGGAUCCCAAUUGUGAACCAAUCAGUGCAGUGGACAGAGCCCAUGCAAAGGCAGUUUGAGAGCAUGCAAUCCAUGAUGACAUGGUACACGGUGCACCACCCCUCACUAACUGAUCGAUUGGUGAUUAGGUUCAUCAAGAAGAAAUGGCACUUCAAGAACAAUCCCAUCCUUGUGGUGCUAGACCCACAAGGUAAGGUGGUGAGCCCCAAUGCCAUCCACAUGAUGUGGAUAUGGGGAAGCAAUGCGUUUCCUUUUACCAGCUUGAGAGAGGAAGCUCUUUGGAAGGAAGAGACUUGGAAGGUUGAGUUGCUGGUGAAUGGUAUCGACCAAACGAUACUCAAUUGGAUUAGAGAAGGAAAACACAUUUUCUUGUAUGAAGGGGAUAACGUUGAGUGGUUGCAAAGAUUCACAACCAUGGCCAACUCUGUUGCACGGGACGUACACAUCCCUCUGGAGAUGGUCUAUGUCAGAAAGAGUAGCAAAACGGAACAAGUCAGGCGAGCCAUUCAAGCUGUCAAUACUGAUAAAAUAGGGACUGCCUGGCAAGAGCCUAUGAUAUGGUUUUUCUGGACUCGGCUAGAGAGCAUGCUGUUCUCCAAGAUUCAACUUGGCAGGGCCAAUGAUUACGAACCCAUGAGGGAAGAGAUCAAAAAACUUCUUAGCUAUGACAAGAGUAGAGGAGGAUGGGUUGUGUUCCUCAAGGGAUCAGAGGUGGUGGUCAAUGGGCAUGGGAGCACAGUGUUACCUACUUUGUUGGAGUACACCGAUAUGUGGAAACAAAAUGUGAUCACCAAAGGGUUUGAUAAAUCGUUCAAGGAUCACCAUGACAGGCUUCAUGGGUUUGAGCACCCGUGUUGUCGCUUUGAAUCCCCAAGCAUAGUGGAAAGGAUACUGGAGAGCAUGAAAUGCCCGGAGUGCCUCCGUAGCAUGGAGAAGCACAUCACCUUCAUAUGCUGCCACGAUGAGAAUCCUAUUACCAACAUACUUGACUGAGUACCCUGAUGUUGAACAAUUAUUAUUAUACUAUUGCUAUUGAAAUAUGAAUAAUGCUUUUUGUGUUUUAUACGUAUAUCUUUUUUUUCGUGUAAUAAGAUUCCAGUGUGAUGAAAUGUAAUUGUCAAGGUCCUUGGGCUUUGAUAUUGUUAAUGUCUAUAUGAUAUUCCUAGA